CCACCCCACCCCACACCCAAGAAUAAAGAACUGCAAAUAGUAAAAGAUCAUUGUUAUUUCUAACUAAUCAGAAUAAGAAAACAGAAAAAGGUUUAUACCCCACUUGAUCCCCACCUAAAAUUUCACAGUAGAGGGGUCCUAUUCCCAGUUUCAAGACAUCUUGGUUUCAGUUUUCAGGGAAUUACUCUUUGUUUGUUUGGAGGAAGUAGAGGCUGAAAAUAUGUGGGGUUUUGGAGAAAAGGUUUAUUGGGGAAUGAAGGAGAGGGGAAAACGGGAAGGAAUAGUUGUUGUGUUUGCAUGGGUGCCAAGUGAGGAUAAGCACUUGAAGAAUUAUGUUCAUCUCUACUCCUCUCUUGGAUGGAAUUCCCUUGUUUGCCACUCCCAAUUCCUCAAUCUAUUCUUUCCAGAUAAAGCUACAUCAUUGGCACUAGAAGUCGUCAAUGAACUUGUUCAAGAGCUAAAACUCCGGCCGUGCCCUGUUGUGUUUGCAUCGUUUUCUGGUGGCUCUAAAGCUUGCAUGUACAAGGUUCUUCAGACAAUCGAGGGGAAGUGUGAUGAGCAAAUCAAUCUGGAUGACUACCGGCUUAUCAGAGACUGCGUUUCUGGCCACAUAUUUGAUUCUGCUCCAUUGGAUUUUGCAAGUGACUUGGGCACUCGUUUUGCUCUCCACCCAACUGUUCUUAAAAUGUCACGUCCUCCACCCCUGGUGUCAUGGAUUGCAAACGGCAUUUCUUCCAGUCUAGAUGCACUCUUUCUUGGAAGAUUUGAAUCACAACGAGCUGAUUAUUGGCAAACUCUCUACUCCACUGUUGGCAUGGUGGCUCCGUAUCUCAUAUUGUGUUCAGAAGAUGACAAUCUUGCUCCGUUUCAAGUAAUCUGCAAUUUUGCUACUAGGCUUAAAGACCUUGGAGCUGAAGUUAAACUGGUUAAAUGGAAGAGAUCAUCUCAUGUAGGCCAUUUUCAACAUCAUCCCGAAGAAUACAAGGCAGCUGUGACUGACCUACUCAGCAAAGCUGCUAUGAGAUAUUCUCAAAGAAUGCGACAACUUGAAGGGGAGAAGCUGGGCAUGGAAGGCACACACGACGAGAUUUCCGACCCAUUUUGCCACCUGAGAAAAGCAGCUGCAAUAUCGACCCAGAGCUUCCAGAGAAUUGCCCUCGACUUGAAUGACCAUUUUCUCCUGCCCAGUUCCUUAGAAUAUCACGAGGAUCGCGACGUUGGAUCUGUUCCGGACGAACGUAAAGAACGUUACGUACCAUUGUCCAGCCGACCAAAAAUCAGCGCCCAUGGGGUUCUCGGUCAGUUCCUCUUUGAUGCUUGUGUCCCAAAGAACGUUGAAGACUGGGAUCUAAGAUCUGCAGCCUCGCUGAGACGAGUCCCAUUCGCCUCCGGACGAAGGCAUUCUCCUUUUAAUCCAAUAAAAUGCAUUAGGCGUGCAAGAUUAUGACGUUUCUAGUGAAAGAGCUUGCUGAAUAUUAGAGAUAUCCAAUGUAUGUACUUCUCGGCAAGAAAAUGACUAGUGUCACUGGAAUAAAAACGUUGUGAAUUCUUGCUCGUCUGUACAUGAUGAUGGUGCUGUGAAUUCUUGUAGCAAACCUCUCUCCUAACUACACUCAAUGUACAACAAUAUCUUGGGGAAAAUCUGUAAGAUAGCUGUAUUAGUGUAAGAAUUGAAGAGUUUGACUUCCAUAGUUGCAUCAAUUGUCUUCUC